CUGCUGGCGGCGCCGAGAGGCAGCGGGAGGCGGCAGCCCGCUGGGUGGCCGCUGGCAGCCUCCCCGCCGCGAUGGGCUCCCGGCCGCUCGCCCACGUCUUCAGGGGCAGCUUCGUGCACGCCACCCGCGCCGCGCCCAUGGAGGUCCUCCACGGCCACCUGCUGGGGGUGGACGAGAGCGGGAAAAUUGUGUUUUUGGAGCAAAAUGAUCAGCAAGAGCAACUGGCUAAGAAGUGGGGAUUCAAAACAUCUGACAUAAGAGAUCUGAGUAAUCAUGAAUUCUUCAUGCCAGGAUUGGUUGAUACACACAUUCAUGCACCUCAGUAUUCAUUUGCUGGUACAAGAGUAGAUCUACCUCUUUUGCAGUGGUUAACUACCUAUACAUUCCCAACAGAAGCCAAAUACAAAGAUAGCGAUUUUGCAGAAGAAGUCUACACCAGAGUUGUUAGACGAACUCUGAAGAAUGGCACAACAACAGCUUGCUACUUUGCAACAAUUUACACAGAUACUUCUCUUCUCCUAGCUGAAAUUAUAGAUAAAUUUGGUCAACGAGCAUUUGUUGGCAAAGUCUGUAUGGAUAUGAAUGACAGUGUUCCACAAUACAAAGAGACUACUGCUGAAUCUAUCCAAGAGACAGAAAGAUUUGUUAAAGAGUUACUGGAGAAGAAAUAUCCAAGGGUGCAGCCCAUAGUAACUCCUCGCUUUGGCCCUUCCUGCACAGAGGAUUUGCUGUGUGCACUUGGCAAUUUAGCACAGGCUCACGAUCUCCAUGUACAGAGUCACAUAAGUGAGAAUGAAGAAGAACUCUUGCUUGUGCAGAGCCAGUUUCCUGCCUAUCAGCAUUACACUGAUGUGUAUGAUAGAAACAGACUGCUUACCAGCAAGACAGUGAUGGCCCAUGCCUGUCAUCUUUCUGAAGAAGAACUGAAACUUUUUAGCCUUCGUGGAUCUGCAAUUUCACAUUGCCCCAAUUCUAAUUUUUCGUUGCGCAGUGGUAUCUUGAAUGUACAGAAGGUUCUGAAACACAAUGUGAAGCUUGGCCUUGGGACAGAUGUUGCUGGUGGAUAUUCAGCUUCCAUGCUUGAUGCUAUCAGGAACACAAUGAUUGCAUCUAAUGCCCUUCAAGUUAAUAAAGUAAACAAAACAGGACUAACUCUUAAAGAAGCUUUUCGAUUAGCAACUCUAGGAGGAAGCCAAGUUCUAGGACUGGAAGAUGUGAUUGGAAACUUUGAGGUUGGCAAAGAAUUUGAUGCACUGCUAAUCAACACAAAGGCUUCAGACAGUCCUUUUGACUUGUUUUCUGCUGAUGCUUUUGAGGAUAUCCUCCAGAAGUUCUUGUAUCUAGGUGAUGAUCGGAAUAUUUCUGAAGUGUAUGUGUCUGGAAGGCAAGUGGUUCCUUUUUCAAGCUCAGUAUAAAUCCAUUUCCCUUUUGCAAAGCAUUCUGCUGAUCAUUCUACAUUUGGUUUGGAAAAAAUUGGUUAAACACACUGAUCAGGAAUGGGACUUCAAUUUUUUGUUUGCAAGUUUUGAAACAUGAAAUGUCAGAAAAUUUGUUUGACCUUUAAAGAAUUAUUUUACCAAAACUGUCACAGUUGUAAGAGGAAAAGGGCAUUUUAAUUUCUCUGUGAAAAUAGCAUGUAUGCACUGAUAAGAGAUUUGGUAGUUAUCUUCAUUAAGUAGGGCAACUGCUGUUCCUCUUAAUAGUAGUAUAGGAAAUAUUAAGAUGGUCAAUGAAACUUUCCUUGUCUCUUAAGCGUUUUAAUUUCAAAAAAAACAAACAACCCACUACUAGUAAAUCUAUUUUGCAAAUACUGAAUGUCAUGAAAUAGUGCAAUUUCCUUAAUAUUAUUGAUAAUAUAACUUUGUGGCAUUUUGGGGCAUUUAAAACAUUUUUCAU